CGGAACAAGAGUUUCUCCGUCCAUACUGAAAAAGUAACUCGAACUCCACGCCUGGCCUGCCGAUAGACAACUUGCCAGCUUCUUUCUUUCGUGUCCUUUGCGCUCUCUCCCUCCACAAUUGCAAUGGCCAGUGCACUGCCGACUCUGGCCAUCCCAGGCCAGCGCUUGGGUCCUGUGAGCUCUUAUGCCUCAGGGCCGGGCACCCAUGUGCAAAAUGCCAACAUCUACGCCUCCAUUGCCGGACCCGUGCUCGUGGACCCCGCCAGCUCCAAGGCCGGCAAGUCCACUUUGAGCGUCUCUCGCAGCCCCCUCCGCAAAGCAGGCAACGCUGCUCCAGUCCCUCCAUCCACCCCGAAGGCCACCGCCCCCAGCACCUCCAAACCCCGGUACAACACGCUCCCGGCCGUGGACUCGAUCGUGCUUGCUCGCGUGACGCGUGUGCAGAAACGCCAGGCCACCGUCUCCAUUCUCGUGGUUCUCGACGAGACGGCCAAUCAGGCCCCAGCGUCCACCGCGUCCGCCUCAGACAACGACAACAUCGAGUCGAUCCUCACCUCCGCCGCCAACCCGGAGAACCACAGCAACACGGACGAGCUUCGGUUCCAGGCGCUGAUCCGCAAGGAAGACGUCCGGGCCGUCGAGAAGGACCGCGUGGUCAUGGAUGAGAUGUUCCGGGUGGGGGAUAUCGUGCGCGGCACGGUGAUCUCGCUGGGCGAUCAGAGCUUCUACUAUCUCACAACGGCGCGGAAUGAUCUGGGCGUGGUGAUGGCGCGCAGCGAGGCGGGGAAUAUGAUGUUCCCGGUCAGUUGGAAGGAGAUGAGAGAUCCGGUGACCGGCGCGGCGGAGCUGCGGAAGGUUGCGCGGCCGUUUUGAGGGGUCUUGUCGACGAAAUGGUGUCGGCUUAUGAUGACAAUGAUUCGAUGAUGACGAUGCGGCCUAGGAGGGGGAUUUUAGGUCAUAUGGACGAGGAUGGUGAACGCUUUGGCCUGCCGUACCUUGAGCUGCAGGUUGAAUCAAGGUCUGCCUGUUUCGGA